AGUUACCAUAAUGAGUAAAUUACUUCUACUUGUACUUUCUCUUCUCUUUUUUAUUACAUCAGCUUUUCCAUUCGGAGAACCACAAGCGGGAGGAUUUCAAAAAUUUAAGAACUUACUUCCAAGGGAGCUUGUGGAGGCCUACAGUAACCUGAGUCAAAAAGAUCAACCUGAUCUGAAAGAUGUAUUCCGUAAUCAUCAAAACUACCGAAAUGAACAAGAAAUGGUUAAUGCUUUGAAAAUGAAAAAUCCAGCACUCGGAGCCCGAAUGGAACGGAGAUUGAUGGCUUUGAAGCAGAAAAUCGAUGGAUUGAGUAGCGAAGAAGCGAAAGGAUUUAUUCAGAAUUUGAUUUCAACUGGAAGACAAAUUUAUGCUCAACGGCUUAAUGGACAACAAAUGGAUCAGUCACAAUUGAGACAAGUUGGAAUGGGAAUUGCAAUGCACUAUCGAUCAUUACCUCCAUAUGCACAACAGGAACUUCAAAGUACUUUUCCACAAAUCUUCCAAUUCAUGAGACAAAUGCGUGAACAACGUCUUCGAAGCAUGAUGGGCGGAUUCUUUGGCGGCGGAGGUGGAAUCGGAAUGGGACAAGGCAUGGGACAAGGCAUGGGAAUGGGUAUGGGAAAAUAAGUGAAUUAAUAAUCUUAUUGUGAUAAGUAUGUACAUAUUUUAUACUGCAUGUUGUUGUAUUAUUUUUAAAUAAAACAUUUCCAU